AAUCUCUUCCUCCCUAAAAUUUUGCUAAGUCAAACGUAGGGCAAGAAACAAACUGCCGCCAAAAACCAAAAUCUCUUCCACCAAAAUCUCCUCCACGAAAUUAAUCAGAGCCCGCAAACCCUAAAUCUCCUCCACUAAAUCGCCCAAGUCUCUUCCACCAAAUCGCCAAAAUCUCUUCCAUCGGUUGUUUCUUCAGUUCUCGGUAUCGGCAAUAAACAGUGAAGUCAUCACUUUGCCACCUCCGCUGCCGCAAACCAUCACCUGCGAUGGAGAUCAGGGUGAUGAAGAGUGUCAAGUGAGUAAAUUUAAAGCGUUUGGUCUAAACGAGCUGAGAAAAGCGACUAAUGGGUUUAGCUCAGCUUAUAUGGUUUCUGAGAGUGGGGAGAAGGCACCCAAUGUGGUUUAUAAAGGAAAGUUAGAGAAAUAGUUUGGUUGCUGUUAAAAGGUUUACUAAACAAUCUUGGCCUGACGCUCGACAGUUUGUGGUCAGAAACAACACUUCUCUUACUUUGUUUUUAUGUUUGGUUGAUGAGAAAAUGAAGAAAGUGGGAAAUAUUUUUUGCUGGUAAAGAAAAAGGGGAAUCCGGGUUUAAUCCCCUUUUUCGGAUCAUGGGUGGAUGAGGAAAAAAUUUGAAAAGAUAAAUGGAAAAUGUAGAUACAGUUUAUGCUUUGUUUUGAUUGCUGAGAAAAUGAAUUCAAGUUUAGGACAUCAAUUGGGAAUUUUCUUUUUGGUUUUUGCUUUGUUUUCUACUUUCUUUAGAAAAUAAUAGUUGUAAUUAGCUUAAUGAUAAUGUAAGUUGUGUUGGUUGGUGGUUGUCUUGAAACAGGUAUGGGAUUUAAGCACUCAACUUGUGUUGUAUUUGUAUGUUGUGUUGAAAGUGACUAGUAGCUGUGCAUUCAUGAAUAAAUUUGUCCUAAUUACAUCCUCACAGCAGUAUUUAUGAUGCUUGUUUUUAUAUGAGCACAAAGAAGCCAAGCUUUUUGGGGAAUUCCAGGUUAUAUUUUAAGUGAUAAAUGCCAAAUCUCAUGAUUACAAGAUGUGUGACUCACCAGUUAUGCGAUCUGCCUUUAGCUUAAAUAGUUCAAUCUCCAGAUUUUCUGGUUCUGAAGCGAGUUACUACAAGUCAGACUCUCAAUUAGAUGUCGUUGAUGAAUCUUGCAGUGAUAAUUCAUCCUUAGAGGUGUGGGACUGUAGUGAAGAUGCUGAAAGUCUUGGAUCAUGUGCUAAAAACAGAGAUUCUUACCCAUACAGACUUCAGCUUGAGAAGGAUGUACAAAGGUUACAACAGAAGCUGCAUGAAGAGAUGGAACUCCAUAUUAUUUUGGAAAAUGCUAUUAAGAAAAAUGCUGUGAAGCUAUCCAGUUCAUCAUGCCUCCCACACCAUGAAGGUAACCCUCGUUUAUCCAGUUUCGGCCUCAUGAAAAAUAGCAGAGAUGGAAAAAGCUAUAGUACCAACUUAGCAUACACCCCACCUGAGUUUCUGCAGAAAGGGCUUUAUAUUAGAAGCUGAAGGGUAAUGGGGGCAAUGUAAAUGAAAUUGGUUUCAUGAGCCCCAGCUUAUUGUCAAUAGCAGACAGCACUUAACGCCACGGGAACAAGAGCCCAAAGGGCACAGUUGCUUGCCAAUCGGUUGGCAAGUUUGAAGAACAAGAGUUUAAUUAUAGUGCCAUACAAUCUGUUAAAGUGUAUAAUUAUAUAUUAGGAUAUUAGGAUUG